AUGGGACAAGUUUGUCUAGAAAGAAACGAUGUCGGUUGUCUGGUAGAAAUUGGUAACCAGCCUUCCCCUAAUAUACUGUGUCAUUACAUCGACAAUUCUCAAGCUUGGAAAGCAACAUUUAUUGGAUCUUCUUUCGUUCGACGCCUUGAUGGAUAUCUGAAGGAGAGACGGGAACCACUCAAGCCCGGUUACACCAUACAGUUUCUGGGCAAGGGUGGUGCCGGGUACAAGGAAACUGAAGCACAGGUUUCUUUGAUUGAUAUGGACACCGAUAUGGUAUUUAUGUAUGUGGGGGGCAAUGAAGUGAAGCCCCAGGUGCCCAUGUCAUACCACGUGUGUUCCAUGCGUCGACUUCUGGAAUUAAUCCACAGGAGAAUCGGAAGAUCGAAGCCUGUGUUCAUCAUAAACUUGUAUGAGCGCCUCAAACCCCGAGGCUGGUCUGAUGUUAUCAAAUACAACAGGGUUGUACGGACAGUUAACAAGCGGUUCAAGACUAUUUCGAGAAGAAUGAGUAAUGUGGUGUAUGUUAAUACUUUCUCGGGGAAUCGUUUUAGCCACCCCUGCUUGUCGUCAGUCCUCCGGGCCGACGGGGUUCACUUAAAUGAUGUCGGCCAGGGGGUGUUAUUGUGGAAAUUAACUGGGGCUAUGGAGGACUGGAUGACAAGUUAA